UCCUUCCUCCCCUCCAUCCACACACGCACCGCGCGCCGCGCAUGGGGAAGAAGACGACGUCGUCGCCGUCGCCGUCGUGGAGCUCGCUGUUCGGGCUCGGCUGCUUCACCUCCUCCUCCCAUUCCCACCACCACCUGCGCCACGACGGCGGCGGGUCCGCCAAGAACCCGGCGCCGGCACCGCUGCCGGCCCGGCUGUCGUGCGGCAAUGGCACCGACGGCGGCGGCGGCGGCGUGAAGAUGCUGCUGCCGUCGCCGGAGGAGCUGUCGCUGUCGCUGGCGGGGUCCGGGGUGCAGGCGUUCACGGUGGAGGAGCUCCGGACGGCGACGAGGGACUUCUCGGUGAGCAACUUCGUCGGCGAGGGCGGGUUCGGGCCGGUGUACAAGGGGUACGUCGACGAGCGGCUUAAGCCCGGCGUGCGCGCGCAGGCCGUCGCCGUCAAGCUGCUCGACCUCGAGGGCUCACAAGGCCACAAGGAAUGGCUGGCUGAAGUGAUAUUUCUUGGGCAAUUAAGGCAUCAUCACCUCGUCAAAUUGAUCGGGUAUUGCUACGAGGAUGAGCACAGGCUCCUCGUCUACGAGUUCAUGGCUAGGGGCAGCUUGGAGAAGCAUCUCUUCAAAAAGUACUCAUCGUCGCUGCCGUGGUCAACACGGCUGAAGAUCGCCAUUGGAGCAGCCAGAGGUUUGGCGUUCCUCCAUGAGGCUGCCAAGCCCGUCAUCUAUCGCGACUUCAAGACCUCCAACAUCCUACUCGAUUCGGAUUACGAGGCAAAAUUGUCGGAUUUCGGACUGGCCAAAGACGGGCCUCAAGAAGACGAGACACAUGUCUCUACAAGAGUCAUGGGCACGCAGGGCUACGCAGCACCAGAGUACAUCAUGACCGGCCACCUGACGACGAAGAGCGACGUGUACAGCUACGGCGUGGUGCUGCUGGAGCUGCUGACGGGGCGGAAGGCAGUGGACAAGAAGAGGCCGCUGCGGGAGCAAAACCUAGUGGAAUGGGCGCGGCCGUGCCUGCACGACUCCCGCCGGCUCGACCGCGUCAUCGAUAAGGGGCUGAACGGGCAGUACUCGGGCCGGGCCGCGCGCAGGGCCGCAGCCGUGGCGCACCAGUGCCUGAGCGUCAGCCCCAAGUCCCGGCCCCGCAUGUCAGCGGUCGUGGAGGCCCUGGAGCCACUGCUGGCCAUGGACGACGGCAUCGUGGAGCCAUUCGUGUACACUGCGCCACCCGAGAGUAAAUAAAUAAUCAAAUGUGUGUGUAGAGCAUAUGUAGAGAUGAGACAAAGUCAUAUUUUCCUAGUGUUCUUGGUCAAUUUAAAUAUGACGAAAAUUUGCAAAA